AGGUCUUACCCCUAGUGGUGCCUAUAUACUUCAACCCUGAAGAGCCUUAUGAGGUUAGGAUAGCUGCUUUUACUGUGAUUUUGUACAGCAAGCCAUCUAUUUUUCUACUAGAACGUGUGGUGUCUGAGUUAUGGAGAGAAGAGAACAAACAAAUUAGUAGUUUCGUCUACACAGCCCUAAAGGCGAUGAGCAAUUCAACCCUUCCUUGCUAUCAGGAGUUGGCUCAGAAUAUUCGACAAGUGGUGGGUUCGAUCAGACAUGUGGAGCUGGGAAUACAGUAUUCACACUUUUAUCAAUCAGACAUUUACGACGCUUCACAUGACUAUGGUUUUCAGUUUCUGUAUGAGAUGGUCCGAAGUAACGUUUCCUCCUGGCCUCGUUCAGGAUAUCUGGCAGCAUUACAUAACACAGGCCCUUUUAUCGAUAUACCAAUUGAGAUUGGAUUCGCUUCCAAAGGUGUGGAUCAGUUGUUUGAUAUUCUAACUAACUCUGACGUGUUGUCAAAGUUAUACUCCAGUUACCCUCGAUGGGAUGCACUGCACGAGGAGAUCCAGAGUUGGAAAGAAAAAAUUAAUCUGGAAGUAAGAGAACCCGAAGAAUUUAUGGCAACAAUCUUCUACAAGCUAUUCGACAGAACAACAUAUCUAGAACUUGAUACGAGAUAUGUCAUAGAAAUACUGGAAUCAGCUUACAAGUGGCUCAGAGAUAUCUCUGAUGAACUGAACAAUGGAGUUACCGGUCGUUAUGUAAAGAUGAUCACACCGUCGGGCAUGUAUAAAGUUGUUCCUUCGGAAAUGGGUUUCCCAUUGCUUAUUUCCCAGCGAAAUCCCAUAAUUUUAUCUGUUUACGUUAAAAAUGCUCGAGUAGAAGUGGUGCCUGCGUCUUCUGGAUUACUUCCUGAUGUCUUGAAGGUCUCAACUUACAUACAGCCUAGCAUUUACUCCUCCUCCCAUACUUUCGGAAUCAUCGUCAACCCUGCUGAACACACCAUGCAUGGCGUGACUGUCUUCCAACAAAGCCACGCUACUCUUCCUGUUGAUGUCAGCCUUGUACUGGUGAAACCAUUCUCUGCUGUUAGUAUAUCUGUCAAACCAAAGACGUCCAAGAUCCUCUACCACAAAAGCGGUGCUGGAACGUUUAUAAGGAGGUCCGCUGUUGCAGUACCAGUUCAUGAGAACUUCUUGGGUGAUUAUGUUCCUAUCCGAACAUUACCAAUCCCCCUAAAAUAUGAUCGGAGAUGCGGCGAAAAAGUAUUUGGAUUGAGAGUACACGUACAAGGAGUAGCAGAAACAAUUUGGUCAGAUACACCAUUCUAUUGGAGCCCCACUUCCACAAGAAAGGGUUUGUUGGCUGGCCUAAUUGAGACUAUCAUUAACCCCGGUAAAAAAUAUCGAGAAUUUUCAGUAUGGAUUGACCAAGACCACCACCAACCUAUCACAGAGUUUACAGCUACUGCGUAUUACAAUCGUUCGGAAUACGGAACGAAAGUCGUCACCGGUUACGACAGGGAAUCUGUACAAUGGCAAUAUCAGUCUGAAGAUUACCUCCAGUACUCAUCUUAUUUCCCUGAAGCAAGCCUGAAGAGAGCUUACCAAUCAAUUUAUGGAUCCCCUUACUCCAUCCCCUCUUUGGAGGACAGCAUCCAUAAGAUGUUAUCUCAAUCUCGUCCUGUCUGGGAAUCCUACAAGGCCAGUGUUGCCCCAGCAAGCACAUUGGAUGCAACCGUUUGUCAUAACGUGUUUGUUAUAUUUGAAGGCAAGAGUACAGUUCCCAUAAUUAGUGUUCUUGACUUCAUAUACGUUUACAAGAUUGACUGGAGUAAGACCUGGACCAGAGUUCACCUGCGGAAUUUCCCCUUUGUACUGUACACGUCACAACCAUACGAGGUAUGUGUAGAUGGUUUCACUGUUUAUCCACCUACACCUAAUGAAUUCUAUUUGGAUCCAAGUUCUACCCAAGCAGAAAGGGUUUACUCAAAGUAUGAGAUAGGAUGGGGUGAACAAUGUUCCUCAGAUGGGCAUAUUCAUAUCCAUUAUGUUGCCCAGAAGAGCCGUGAACAGCUGAAUAGUCCCGUUGAUUCGAGUUCUGUUGAUGUUAGCGUGUCUUCAAUCGCAGAUGUUGCUGGUCUCAGUGAACAGCGACCUCUACCAUGGUACUAUAAACAAUGCGCCAUUGAUACUCACGAGGGCAAGAGUCAAAGCCUUCCUUGCAAACAUGCUAUUGAAGACAGCAAGUUGCUGAACAAUGUGACUUAUGACAUAAAAUAUAGAAAUGUGCCCCUGGUUUUGAGAAAUUUAACGAGGAAACUAGACUUGUUCUUAAAGAUUUAUCUUUACCCAUACAUGGAUAACAAUGCUGUUUCUGUCCAAAACUCUCCCAACAAGAUCCGUAUCAGUUCAGUGGCCGUGAAACAGCUAUCCACUAUACCCUUGCAUAACUUGUACAUCCAAACACCUUGGGAAAACACUUACUAUACUAAACUCUACGCACCCAAUGUGAAACCUUUUUCAACAGCGAUAUCUUUUCUGUCUUAUCUGAAGGAGCAUCUCUACGCUGUUAUCAAUUAUCAAAGUAGCCGUGACUGUGCUUUAAUGGAGGAUUACAUCCGGACCUUUGAUGACGUCACUUACCUUUUGCCAGACACCCAAUGUCAAUAUAUUCUCUUUAAAGACUGCUCUUCAAGUCAUCGUUAUACUAUUUCCUACACCCAAAUGGACCCAUCGACGAAAACAAAGUCCCUGGAUAUGACUGUGGGGAGCCAUUGGAUCCACGUUAGUCCCCCAGUGGUAAAACAAUCGAGAACAGUCUCGAUCAAUGGUACAUUACAUCACUUGACCAUUGGUCAAACACUGAAACUGGCCACUUAUGUUUCUCCAGUGUAUAUUUAUCUACGUUUCACUGCUUCGCCUUCUGAGCUACCAGUCCUCGUCAUUCAAGUCGUAAAAGAAGGUAUAACUGUGGAACAUGACGGGAAGAAUGCUAAAAUUAAGGUGCCUCCUUACUUCAGUGGAACUCAUUGCGGAGCUUGUGGGGACAACAACGGGGAGAGUUAUAAAGAAUUCCUAGGCCCACGGAAAUGUCUUUAUUUAGACAGUCAAGAUUUCGUCAAUAGUUAUGCAGUGGGUGGUCAGUACUGUCAGCAACUUCCACCACCCACAAAACCGGUCAUCUGUCCGUCAUCUAGUCCUUACGUGGCUCAAAGAGGCUCAGAUCCAGGAAUCUUCCCUUGGCCUAACCCGGUUACUGAAUCAUGUUAUCUAAACAAAACUGUCUAUCACAGACGUCAUGGCAACAUAUGUUUCACCACUGAACCCGUGCCAUUCUGUAGAGAAAACUGUGUUGCUAGUGAGUUCCGUGUGGAAGAAAUGCGUGGCUUCCACUGUCUUCCAGAAAGAAGCGACUCCACUCUCCAAUUAGUAACUGAAUCAGAUGUCGGAGUUGUACCACAGCUUCGUAACAAAAGGGUAGAUUAUGAAGAGGGUGUCCCGAGACCAAGUAGCUGUAGCUCUUUGUCUUAAACUUCGUUUUUUAAAGAAAUAUAUUUUAAAUUGAUUUUUUUUCCCUCACAGAAUGUUUUGUCUGUAUAAAUAUAAUUCUAAUUCUAGAAUAAAGCUUUGCACUUUCUUUA